UGGAGGGCUACUCUCUAACACGUUCCGUCGUACGAUACGAAAAACGAAAACCGUACGUUAAUGACGGCAUAUCGGUACUCUGUACCAACUUCGGCCGCGCUACGUUCUUCGAAAAUCAUAGACAAAUCAUAGAGGUACUACGUGAAUGAACGAAAUAGUGAAAUGAAUGAAUGUAUUGGUUGGGCUUUCAAGUUGCUUAUCGGUAAAUUACCGGUUUUAUUAAAACAUUGCAUAUUAUCAUUUUUACGUAAAAUUAAAAUGCGCUGUUUGUUUUUAUGUACAUUAAACUGAUUUAUUUAAAUGAUUUUUCAUGCAGAGACGUUUAAAUUACAAAUUUUUGAUAAAAUCAAAAUAUUUCUACUCUACUUUUUUCACUAUGGUAGUCUGUGACUUUCUGUCAAAGAGGCUCAUAAAAAAAUCAAACACAAAACAAAGUUAAGUUGAAGUUGAACGCGCCAAAGUUAAUUUCUUUCUACCAUGGCUGGGUCUGGGAACUGCAGCACGGAGCAGAUUCAAGAGCUCUUGGAGUUUUUAUUUGAGCACCAAGACCUCGCGCGCGGUAGAAUGAGGAACGUAGAAGGGAGAGCGCGAAGCAAUCGCCUGUGGCAGGAAAUCGCCCAAAAGCUGAAUGCUUUGGGGGGCUGCGCGAAAACAGUCUCGCAGUGGAUGAAGGUGUGGGCCGAUAGAAAAUACCUGGCCAAAAAGGCCGCUGCGGCAGUGAGAGUGCAGCAUUCAGGCACAGGAGGUGGCCCGUCUACUGCUCCUCAACUGGCGCAAUGGGAGCUGAAAGUGCUGGAGAUAAUGGGGGAAGGAUUUGGUGGCCCCAUAUCUACCGCGAGGGUCCCAGCUUUCCCAACAUCUGAGCUGAACACUCCGGCAAUAGUUAACUCAGUUAACUCGGCUUCUGGUAGCUCAUCUCAGGACCACCGCCCGCCCACAGCCAGCAUCAUUUCAGAGCUGUACACUGCACCAGCUUUAAAUUCGGCCACUGCCGGCUCCUCGGACCUCCACCCACCCACUGCCAUUAUCAUUUCAGAGAAUAACACAACUGAAAAUGACAAUGCUGCCAGCGCUCCUUACACACGUCCCACUGCAAGGCGGAGGUUAAUACAAACAAGACCUAGCAGGGAACAGUCAUUCAGGGUGCGGAUGCAGGAUCUUGAAGAACAGAAGGUCAAGGAGCUGACAAAUAUCAGAGAAUCAUUGCAAGAACUGGUUUCAAUAGCAAAAAAUUUGUUUGAAAAACCUUGAUUUGCUAUUGAAAUUAGUUCAUGCAAUGAUUCUGUCAUUUUUUAUUUUAUUAUUAUUACUAUUAUAUCUUUAUUGCAUCAAAAAUAGAUGUGUUAGAUAGUUUUAUAGAAAAAUGAUUAUUUAUAUGUUGAAUUGUUAGUAAAAAAAUGUUCCUAUAAGUACUAGUAAAUGUUCCUAUAAGUACUAAGUGUUAGUUUAUAAGUAAUUUUAUCAGUGUUUAAGCAAUAAGUAGCAAUAUUUGACUGAAACCAAAAAAUAAAAAUCUCUUAUUUAGAAAAA